AUGUUUGAGCCAACGGUGCAGCAGGGAACCAUUUGUCAAUUUGGAAUCUGUACGGAACAUUUCGUCUUCACAGUUUACCACGUCGUACUACCCGUGGAAAACAUCUGCACGUCUCGGUCGAGCCAUCAGCGUCAACGGGCGGACCCCGGAAAACGACCGGCGCAACGAGGGCGAGGAUACGCCGGGACGGGGGUCCACGGGGCAACUCCCCGGACGCCGGCGAGCCACACGCCCGCGCGCAGGAUCACCGAGCACCAAUCCGCGCAAUCCCAGCUCGCACCGGCUCCACACACCCCGGAUCAAGCGCCUCUCCCUCUUCCACACACGCGCGCGGGCACACUACUCCUGAACUCGCCCCCCCUCACCCCGCGCCUGUCAUGGCCGCCGCAAUCUGAUGCCAAGUCCCCGCCCGUCAUGCUGCCCUUCUGCUCCGCCGCGCCCACCCCAUGCUCCCCCCUCUGCCCGGUGACGGCGGCCAACGUCGGCGCGCGGGCGCUGCGGAGGGUGGAGGCGAGCGCGCUCAAGCCAUACUCCUACUACGCCGACCCGCUCGUCGCGGAGGCGCCCGGCCGCGCGCUGUUCUCCGACUCCUCCAUCCUCUCCCCCUACGCCACCGCGCCGGACGACAUCGCGCGGGAGUUCUCCGCAGCCGCCACCGCCACCGCCGAGCUGCCUAGCUCCGACGCCCCGUGGUUCGACCCGCCGCUGACGGCCGUCUCCCUCGACCUAGCGGCCGACCGGACCGCCGUGGUCGGCGCGGUCGCCAGCGAUGCCGCGGAGCGAGCCCUGGUGGACGCGGAGAUGCCCACCACGUUCCCGGCCGACGCGUCCGACGUCGAGGACUCCGUGGCCAGGUUCAUCGACAAGCUCAGCAAGCAGAUUUUCCAGGCCGAGGACGCGCUCACCGAAGGGUACGACAAGCUGAGGCUAUCGGCUUACGACGCGCUCGGGACCUGGAGGAAGGCGGUGAAGGGCGUCACUGGCGGUGUCACGGCGUCCGUGGAUGCUACCAAGAAGCAGGCCGCUGGUGGGGUGACGGACGUUUCUGGUGCAUUUCAGGACAAGCUGGCCGGAGCUGGUUCCGUGGCGGUUGACGUUCUUAGGAAGGUAAUUGUUGCAGCCGAGGAUUCACUGGGCGGUGCCACCACAUCCCUUGUUUAUUACUACGGGUCAGCCAAGUCUUCGUUGCCACCAAAUGUCAAAGAUUUGCUGAACUCAUCUGAGGAGAAAGCUAGCUUAGUGUUGAGACCAAUUGGAAGUGCCCUUCAACAGGUAUAUGUAAUCAUCGAAGGCAUUGAAAAGAAUGUUGGUUUGGAUCCAAGUGAUCCCAUUGUUCAAUUGGCAGUUUUGCUUGGAGGUUCAACGACAAUAGGGAUAUCUUACUGGCUCUUUACAUAUGGAGGCUAUUCUGGAGACUUGUCACCUGAAAUGACAUUGGACCUGUUGAGAAAUGAUGGCAAAGCCGUACUUAUUGAUGUUCGGCCUGAGGACUUGAGAGUAAAAGAUGGAAUUCCUGACCUACGCCGUGCAGCUAGAUCUAAAUAUGCAAGUGUUGCUACACCUGAGAUCCAAGGUCCAACGAAGAGGCUACUUAAAGGUGGAAGCGAUGUUGAUGAUGCUUUGCUUGCAGUUGUUGUCCGCAACUUGAAGUUGGUUAAGGGUGAUUCAAAGGUCAUAAUUAUGGAUGCUAAUGGAACCCGGUCAAAGUCCAUUGCUAGGUUACUGAAGAAGCUUGGCGUGAAGCAACCUUAUCUGAUUAAAGGUGGUUUCCAAUCUUGGGCGAAGAACCUCCGUGUGAAAGAACUGAAGCUUGAGACGGCAUUAACUGUAAUAAAUGAGGACGCUGAGGAAAUCCUCGAAGCCAUAAAACCCACACCAACACUUGUCUUCGGGUCUCUUCUGGGACUCUCAGCGGUGUCUUAUGCAUUGCUAGAAUGGGAGACGACGUUGCAGUAUAUCGGUGUUGUAAGCCUUGGACUGACUGUCUACCUGCGAUUCUCAUCAUACGAGGGCUCUGAGGAUUUUCAGCAAGACCUAAAGCUUUUGCUCUCACCAGUAAAAGUGGGUGCUGAAGCGCUCUCGUGGGCAUCCAAAAAGCUAGAGCCGAACAAGAUUGGCCUUGCGACGUCGCCCUCCACCUCGGCGGUCCAGGACCGAGUUCUCAAGGCGGCGGCGAAGCACGAGUCGAAGCCAUCUGACGCCGAGGGAUCUACCAAGACAGACAGUUUUGCCUCCGAAGCAUGAGAAGCUUCCUGUGCAGCUGAGUGAUUGAACUGGAUCGGUUAGGCACUUCGCCGUCAGCUUGGUGAAUUGUUGUUUCUGAUGUGUAAUUAAUUGGUAAAUCGAACCGUGAGCCGCAGCCUCCGUGAUGACGGCCCGCGCUGUAAAUUUAUAAACAACGUUUAUAAUGGACAGUUUGCUUUAGACGUAUAUAUAAUGGUCACUUUAGCAGGA